AUGGCUAUACUAAGCAUCAUCCAAGAGACUCUGCAACCUCUCUACAGAGAAAUAGAGGCCAACUACACUCUCCAGCAAACUGCAGCCUUCACAUCUCGACUGUGGUAUGUCCCAUACAUCUCCUGUGUGCUCUACCUGUUGGCAGUCUACCUGGGUACAAGAUGGAUGUCUACAAGGAGUCCUUACUCAUUCCGACCUCUGCUCGUGCUCUGGAAUUUUGUGUUGACGAUUGUUAGCAUGAUGGGCGCUUACGUCAUGGUGCCCGAAUUGUAUCGCUACUUUACAGAGAGGGGAUAUGUUGCAAGCGUCUGCACAAGUGCCAUACACCUCCAACCAAUGCUCUCAUUCUGGUCUCUUAUUUUCGUUCUGUCUAAAAUCUUUGAAUUUGGUGAUACUUUUUUCAUCAUAGUUCGCAAGACUCCAUUGCGAUUUCUCCACUGGUACCAUCACGUGACUGUGUGCAUUAUCAGCUGGUAUUCUCUGAGCAUCAAGAGCACGGCAGCCCAUUGGUACUGUGCCAUGAACCUCAGUGUUCAUUCCAUCAUGUAUUCCUACUACUUCCUCAAGGCUCUCCAGGUCACCAUGCCUACCGUUGUGGCCACUGCAAUCACUCUCCUCCAGCUGUUGCAGUUUGUGCUUGGCUUUGCUGUGACGCUGGUAGCUACUCAGCAGUACGUUAGUGGAGAGCCUUGUUUCACGGACACCUGGCUGUGUAUACUGGGUCUCACAAUCUACGGCUCCUACUUCCUACUCUUCUGUAAAUUCUUCUGUGACAAAUAUCUCAAGAAACCGACGAAGAAAACAAAGGAACAAUAA